AUGACCCUCCCACUGCCCACGCAGUUCAUCAACAGCCUCCUCACCCAACUAUCUCAUCUCACCACACCGGGUACAGCGCAGAUAAGAGAUGACGAACUCCGAACCCAACCGCAGACACAACGCCAUGGUCACCCUCGCCUAACUCAGGCCCCAUCAUCCGUAUUUCCAACAUCGCAGCUAGCAACGCUCAAACCUCUGAUGCUGACCCUGCAUUGCAUCUUCCCCAAUGAGUUCCUCCUUGCACUUGAUAUCCUGGACCGCGGGCUCGUUAGACGGGUUCGCAGUCAUACUCGAGCACAGCACGACAUGUCAGCCGAGACUGGAGAUGGGGUUGCAAGCCGAAAAGAAGACGAACGUGCUGAAACCCAAACUCAAACCCAAACUCAAAUUCAAUCCAAGGGUCCAGCUAAGACGGUAAUAGAGGACUUCUUUUUCGUUGCUUCUGCUUCGACCAUCACCAGUACAUCGCGGUCAUUGUUCCCUGCAUCGCAACAGCCCGGUGGAGGAUACCACCACCAAGCCCAGAGGCAAAGACAGGCCUGGCAAGAAAAAGGAUACGAGGUCCGCAUCAAGGCCUGGAACUGCACAUGUCCAUCCUUUGUGAUAUCUGCCUUCCGCGAUCUAGGCCCGGAGCCAUCAUCUGCUCCCCCGUCUUCGUCCUUAUCAAGCCAGACCGAGGGAGCGGACAUUGAGGAUGCUGGAUCUGACCACAAUCACACCACUGACCACAUCAGUGACCAUGCUAGUGCUGAUGCUGACACGCCAAACACAAAUGCUUACUACCAUGCUUACUCCUUUGGUGGCACACUGCCGCUGCACCCAGAGUCAGCACCUCCAGUCUGUAAGCACAUUCUGGCCUGCCUGAUGGCUGCGCUCUGUCACGAUCUCGGUCUGAAUGGGGAGGAGGAAGAAAGUCAAGUUGUUACCAUCUGUAGAGAGGAGGUUGCGGCGCUGUGUGCGGGAUGGGGCGGGUGA